AUGGAGGAACGCGAGACCCCAGAUAAGGCUGCAGCGCUCAAGGCCCGCAAGGCCUGCAUCAAUUGCCGCAAACAGAAAAUGAAAUGCGUGAUACAGGGUAGCAACGAGACAUGUCGUCGAUGCCGUCGAGCUGGUCUGCCCUGUGUCUUUGUGCCCAGAGCCAACGCGGCUCAAUUGCCGUUGGUGUCGGAGCCUCUGGACCUAGAAUUCAAACAAAAUGUUCUCUCUCGGCUUAAGACCCUUGAAGAAAGGCUGAACCAUGUAGGCGUGGAUGAUUUAGAUCUGAGAGUAACCGGCAUCUUCUCUAGUAUCGCUGAACAAUCACCAGAGCCAACGCCAGAAGGGCCGCUAUGGGACGCAAUUACGCUGCUGCAGAAAUGCUCACCAGUGGUACCACCACCAAUUUGGCAACGUGAUACUGUCGAAUCCCUUUGGUCAUCAUUCCAUGAUAGAAUGCCCGGUUUGCACUUUAUGCCUGACAAACAAACCUUUUCUGCCCCUCAACCCGUCCUGCUGGCGUCUAUUCUUUAUUGCUCAAGCACACGAGGGCCUCCAGAUAUGGUAGAAAUUGCGCCACAUUUCUUUGUCAUUCUAUGCAAUGCCAUUGCGCAACUGAGCAUCCCAAGUAGCGAGAUUGGAUCACCCUCUGAUCCAUCUGUCUCCAGAGAGGAAUGGGCUUUCCAGACUGUUCUCGGGAUUGUUCUAGCGGGUCUCUUGACCGAGGGAAAUAUACGAGAAACAGGGAGCUGGAUUGCCGUUGGCUACCGACUAAUGCUGGAUUAUUGCCCUGCCCAUGUUGAUGACACUUCGAGAGAAUGGCGAAAGCUGUUUAGUGGUAUCCAGAUCGUGGACUUGGAGCACUCCUCGAUCCAUCUCUCAUACCCUGUUAUACCAAUCGAAGCACCACUAGCAACUCUCCGUAUGUCACCGCUUGACCAGCUAUACAAGCUGUCACGCAUGAUGCAUACUGGACUGAGUCAUUUCACUGGACGCAGACUGCCUACCAUCUGGUCCUGUUUUGAAGAGUCUACGCUGGGUAUGAAUGGCUCGACUACGAGCUUUACUGCAAUCGACGGCAUACUCAUUAAAGAUUGGGCUAAACAAUUGGAUGAUUGGUUAACAGAAUUCAAUGGAAAUAUGACUGAGCCUGACCAAAGUAGCAAAUUGGUUCUCAGACAGUAUGUCCUACAUCGACUACUUGUCUUGUCAAUCUACCACCCAGCCAGAAGUGGCAAUCUUUGGUCACAGACUAUAACUUCUAACGAGCAGGAGGAGCUGCUUCUUUCUGCCCGUGCAACGGUUAAGCUUCAUCAGCAUGAUGAUUCCAUCUGGUCCAACUGGGAUCUGAUCAUGAUUACAUGGGCUGCCCUGAUCGUGUUGCAAGGCAUACAAGGAGGAGUGGGAGAGUUGGAAGACUUGGGAAAUAUCAGAACACAUCUCGAUAUCCUAAAGCAAAAGAACGAGCACAAGCCCAGCCUCUGCGAUAAACUCAUCACCCGUCUUGAGGACAGUCUCCAAGACGUCAGCACCCCUGACUUCUCCUACGUCCAGCCAUCUCAUCCAUCUGUUAUGGAUCCUGCCUUUGAUUAUUCUUGGCAAAUAUUCGAUCAGGUCAACCUGCAGCAGUUCAACUUUCCAGGUUGA